AUGACGAUCGCCCGACAAACCCUCUCGACUCUCAGACGUCUCCCAACCGUCGCGUCAGCCAUUCGAACCAAACCAAUGCACGCUACAUUCUCUGCUGCUCGCAUGUACUCUGGAAAGGUCAAGACACCAGUAUCAUCAGACAUCAAUCACGACAAGAAGCCUGUAUCCACUCAUACCGAUGGAGCGACUGCUUCGCUGAAAGCAGCGCCUGGCAAAGACGAUGCAACCUCUUUCGGAAACAAAAAUAUGUCGGAGAAGGAGAGGAAGAUAAACAGUCAAAACGCUCAGGAGUCGGAUAGCAAAGAGGGAAUGGGUAAAGAGACGGAUACUUUUACGAAGUAG